AUGGAAUUUAAUUCAACAUCACAAUAUUUUCGUCAUAAAAAUCCAUCUUAUGAAAAAAAAUCAUUAUCUAAUUUAAAUAAAUCACGAUCAAUUAUUGUUCGUAUUCCUAAAUCAAAUAAUAAUGAUAAUUUUCGAACAAAUAAUUUUACAUAUCGUACAGAAGUUUAUUUACAACAACGAGAAAAACAAUAUAUUGAAAAAUCAUCAUCAGCAACAAUAACAACAUGGAAAAAUUUAAAAUAUCAAAAACAAAUAUUAGAUAAUGAUCAAGUUGAAAUUGAUCGUGUUCUAUCAACAUUAGAUUCUAUUCAUAAAACAUUUAAUCGUUCAUUAUUAAUACCUUAUAAUAAAGUUUAUUCAUCACUUUAUGGAAAUCAUAAUAAUAAAUCAGAUCGUUUAAUGAAAACAUUUUGUCAAUGUCGAAAUCAUUAUAUGACUUAUGAACUAUCAAUGAAACUUGAUGAUGAUGAUAAUAAUGAUGCUGAUAAUAAUGAUAAUGAUGAUGAGAGUAAAACACAAGUUAUAUCAAAUUCAUUUGGAAAUUUUCAAGAUACAGAUUUAGAUGAUACAACUGACAACGAAGAAGAAAGAGAAAAUGAAAAUGAGAAGAAAAAAUCUUAUGAUAGUGGUUAUGGAAGUGUUAUACCCAUGAAACAAUAUUCACGAGAACCAUUUAUUAAAAUAACUCAACCAUGGAACGUAAAUUAA